AUUAGAUGUGAAUUGAAUGUGUCGACCUCUAUUUGUAUAACCCUAGACUCGUACGGAGUGAUCUGGAAUCAUUUUAGUGCAAUGAAUAGCGCAAUACGAAAGGGCUGGCGUAAUUCGGCAUCGCUUAUAGUGCUGAACAAGCGUGUUGUUGACGUGCAGAAUAGUGCACGAGGCGGUGUUAAUUACGACGUGUUGUUGCAGACGCGGCCGAGUACUGGCUCUUUCCCGAAUAGUGUGGUGUUCCCUGGCGGCGUUAGCGAGUCUGCGGACGGGGGCGAGCGCUGGCUGCAGCUCUACAAGUCGUACGGUUUCGGAGACGAAGAUUUCGCCGCGUUUCAUCGUGUCGGCACUCCAACUUCAGCAUUGUUUCAGCCCAACCCUAUUCAAAGGCAUAUUGAAUUGAGAAUAACUGCGAUUCGCGAGACAUUUGAAGAGCUUGGCCUGCUUAUCUGUAGCCGUGUGCAGAAAGUCCAGAAGGGAGAACUGUGGGCUAGCUUUGUUACAGGGGUUGACAUCAAACACUGGCAAGAUCGGAUAGCUAAAGACCCAGCAGAGUUCUUCAACCUCUGUGAACAAAGCGAGUGCUACCCGGACAUCUGGUCCCUAUACUAUUGGAGCAACUGGCUUUCUCCCAAAAGCUUUCCUAAGAGAUUCAACACCGCGUUCUUCGUCGCGGCAUUAGCGAAGCGCCCUCAAAUUGGAAGUAGCAACGAAGUUGUAAAGGUUGAGUGGUCCAACCCCCUGGAACUGCUGGAGAGGAACAGCAACAAGGAGGUGGAACUCUACCCUCCACAGCAGUACGAGUUGACCAGGCUCGCUCGCAUCCGGGAUAUCAAGCAGUUGGCUGAGUUCGCUCAGGAUCGCAGUGGGUACUGUGGUGAUCUGAUCUAUCCAGUGUCCGUCACAGCCAAAAAUGGGAUUCUUUGGGUUAAUCCAGGAGACCAACUUUACCCAUCAACUGUAGAUUAUCAUACCGACGAGGUCAACUUGACAGACAAAACGUUAGAAGAACUCCGAGAAGAGAGCAAAAUCAUUCACAGAUUAGAGAAACAUAAGGCGGACCCUGGAAAAUGGGUGCUUGUUACAAAGAAUUUGAAACAAAAUAACCACAUAGACAUGUGCGAAAAAUCAAAGUAA